GUGUUGGGUCGCAGGUGUUCUUCACCGUGAACUACCCUAGGGAUAGUCUAGAUAUCUUGUAUUUCUUUUACCGCAGUGUCUUACUGCAUUGGGAUCUCAACCACGGCAAUUGUGGCUGACGGUAUUGUAAGCUUGUAACUUCGAUGUACUAUUUCUUUGCCGCCCUGCGGCCUAGAAGUCCAUGACAUCACGUUAUCAUGACGUAUGGCAUGGUCUUUGUCGCACAUUGAGUUGUACGGAGUACAGGAUCUUCUAUAUUCACUACUACUAUAUAACCUUCCCCCCUUGUCCUUGUCGCCCAGUAAACUCUGUAUCCAACAAUCCAAUAAUCAAGAUCUUAUCAUCUACUUUGCCUUUAACUCUCUUCCUGAGCCCUUACAAUGGCUACGGAUAUCGCUACACGGGACCUUCACAAACCCAUAGAUGUUGCCGAGUACCUCUUCCGACGACUUCGUGAGGUUGGUGUUCGUGCGGUCCACGGUGUUCCUGGGGAUUACAACCUCGCGGCUUUGGAUUACUUGCCAAAAUGCGACCUUCAUUGGGUAGGAAACUGUAAUGAGCUUAACGCUGGAUACGCCGCUGAUGGAUAUGCUCGGAUCAACGGAAUGGCCGCCCUGGUCACCACUUUUGGCGUGGGCGAGCUCUCAGCACUCAAUGCCAUUGCAGGUGCCUACUCCGAAUUUGUGCCCAUUGUCCACAUUGUUGGUCAACCACAUACGAGAUCACAGAAGGAUGGAAUGCUACUCCACCAUACCUUGGGCAAUGGCGACUUCAACGUGUUCACCAGAAUGAGCGCUGACAUCUCUUGCACUCUCGGUUGCUUGAACCAGACCCAUGAAGUGGCGACUCUCAUCGAUAACGCCAUCCGAGAAUGCUGGAUUCGUAGUCGACCGGUCUACAUUUCUCUCCCUACUGAUAUGGUAACGCGGAAGAUUGAGGGGGCACGACUGGAUACCCCACUUGAUCUUAAUCUGCCACCAAACGACCCUGAGAAGGAAGAUUAUGUGGUCGAUGUUGUUCUCAAGUAUCUGCACGCCGCAAAGAAACCUGUUAUCCUUGUCGACGCCUGCGCUAUCCGUCAUCGGGUACUCGAUGAAGUCCAUGAAUUCGUGGAAAAGUCUGGAUUGCCCACUUUCGUGGCUCCAAUGGGCAAAGGAGCAGUAGACGAGACUCACAAAAACUAUGGCGGUGUCUACGCUGGUACUGGGUCGAACCCCGGUGUCCGUGAGCAAGUCGAAUCAUCGGAUUUGAUUCUGAGCAUCGGUGGUAUCAAGUCUGAUUUCAACACGACUGGAUUUUCCUACCGUAUCGGUCAGCUUAACACCAUUGAUUUCCACAGCACAUACGUACGCGUCAGAUAUUCCGAAUACCCUGAGAUCAACAUGAAGGGUGUUUUGCAGAAGAUCGUUCAAAGAAUGGGCACUCUCAAUGUUGGACCUGUUUCGCCGCCUUCGAAUUUGCUUCCAGACAACGAGAAGUCAUCAACUGAGACGGCGAUUACCCAUGCGUGGCUCUGGCCUACCGUUGGGCAGUGGCUGAAAGAAAGGGAUGUGGUUAUCACGGAAACUGGCACUGCGAACUUCGGUAUCUGGGACACUCGCUUCCCGGCAAAUGUUACAGCUAUCAGUCAGGUGCUUUGGGGCAGUAUCGGCUAUUCCGUCGGAGCCUGUCAAGGGGCUGCAUUGGCUGCCAAGGAGCAAGGCCGGCGGACCGUCCUUUUUGUAGGUGACGGAAGUUUCCAGCUCACUCUCCAGGAGAUCAGCACCAUGAUCAGAAACGAGCUCAAUCCUAUCAUCUUUGUCAUUUGCAACGAAGGAUAUACCAUCGAGCGGUAUAUUCAUGGAUGGGAUGCUGUUUACAACGACAUUCAGCCCUGGGACUUCUUGAGCAUCCCUGUGGCAUUUGGCGCGAAGGACAAGUAUAAGGGCUACAAGGUCACAACUCGGGACGAGCUAAGGGAGCUCUUCGCAAAUGAAGAAUUUGCUUCGGCGCCUUGUUUGCAGUUGGUUGAGCUCCACAUGCCACGCGAUGAUUGCCCAGCAAGUUUAAAACUGACAGCCGAAUCGGCGGCUGAGCGGAACCGGUCCCUUUAAUUUCUUGACGGCAUAGACCGAUUUUCAUUUCUUUCGUUAGACUAUGUUCGGGAAUAAGAUUCAGGUUGUGUGCUGCCCUGAGCUUAACGGUAUCUUUUAGUUUGAUCAUGACACAUGAAUUAGAGUUUAUGUUCAUAUGUGAUAGUUAGGAAUUAAUUUUUUCAUUUUUCUUUCCGCCCUUUUUUUUCUCCUUCCUCUUUCUUUUACUUUAUAAGCACCCUAGUUGAAUUUGACUAUACUAACAAUGAACGGAACAAACGGGUUUAAGAAAAAAAUAGGGGGAAAUAAGAAAAGAGAAGAAAGAAAAAAGAGGUCUCGGAUGUAGUUUGACUGGAAGCUUUGUUCAAGCCCACUAGAAAGUGUGGCUAGCUGUGCUAAGGGACCGUUGUAGGGCUGAAAGGAACGUUCAAUGGUCAAAAGUGGAGAAAAGGAGUAGUUCUGGUGAGGUGUUCUUAUGCGCUAUAGAUCCUAAACAUUGCUAGUCUGUAACUAAGCGAGAUUUACUGGACAAUGUCUCAUUGUGUUUGCCUAUCACAUCCUACAAUUUCUCGAGGGGAGAGGGUGUGGUAGGAUUAUUGAGCGGAAGGACUAUUGACAGUUUAAUAAAGAGAUGUUUCAGAAAAGGCGACC